UUUGCAGCAAAUCGGCAAUACAUGCUAUCAAACAUGGGCUUCAUUGGUCUUGUACCUUCGACCGCAAGAGUAGGAGAUGAAGUCGCGCUGGUUUUCGGCGCCCAAACUCCGUUCGUCAUACGCAAGGAAAAGAAUGGUUGUUUCAAGAUGAUUGGGGAGUGCUAUGUUCAUGGCAUCAUGAUGGGAGAG